UUAAUGGAUGAUGAAUUAAAUAUAACAUAUAUAACUAUUGGUGGGUAUGUGGAAGUGGACAAAUACAGAUAUGUUUAUUUUUUGAUCAUGUUUACAGUAUAUAUUCUAAUAAUCGGCAGUAAUAUCAUUAUUGUGUGUCUUAUAUGGGUUCAUGAAAACCUUCAUGAGCCUAUGUAUGUUUUCAUUGCAGCUUUGUUACUGAACGCUGUUCUUUACAGCACUGCUAUCUACCCAAAGAUGUUAAUUGACUUUUUAUCUGAAAAACAGAUCAUAUCCUAUUCAGUCUGUCUUUUUCAAUUUUUUAUAUUUUACACUUUAGGCUUGUCUGAUUUCUUACUGUUGUCAGCCAUGGCUUAUGACAGGUAUGUGUCUAUAUGUAAACCUCUGCAAUAUCCAGUUAUCAUGAGAAAAACUACUAUCAGUAUUUUUCUGGUUUUAUCAUGGCUUUUGCCAGCUUGUCUACUGGCAGUGCUAGUAAUACAGAUUGCUGAUACUAAACUGUGCAACUUUAAUUUAAAAGGAAUAUUUUGUAACAAUGCAGUUUACAGUCUUCAUUGUGUGAGAUCAAAAUUUGUGACAAUAUAUGGUGUGGUUCUUUUAAUCAAUUUUAUACUACUCCCUAUGCUCUUUGUAAUUUUUACAUAUGUAAGGAUAUUAAUAUUAACAUACCAAAGUUGUAAAGAAACCAGGAAAAAAGCAGCAGAGACAUGUUUACCCCACUUGUUGGUUUUAAUCAGCAUCACCUGUUUUAGUGUAUAUGAUGUCAGUAUAGCUCGACUGGAAUCUAAGUUUACAAAAAUGGCACGUCUAAUAAUGACGUUACAAAUAGUUUUGUAUCAUUCUUUGUUUAAUCCACUCAUAUACGGGCUCAAAAUGAAAGAAAUUUCUAAACACCUCAAAAGGUUGUUCUGCCGAGCCAAAAGACUCUGA